CCUCCCAGAUUCUGAGAUGAUGUCUUCACCUCACUACUCCAGGUCGAGAAGACCUUUCACUACUUACUGCCACGCCAGCUUGAUUACGAACACGGUCGCCAUGGCUGCUGUUGACAGCUUCUACCUCUUGUACAGGGAAAUCGCCAGGUCUUGCAAUUGCUACAUGGAAGCUCUGGCCUUGGUGGGAGCCUGGUACACGGCCCGCAAGAGCAUCACAGUCAUCUGUGACUUCUACAGCCUGGUCCGGCUGCACUUCAUCCCCCGCCUGGGGAGCAGGCCCGACCUGAUCAAGCAGUAUGGAAGAUGGGCGGUCGUCAGCGGGGCCACAGAUGGCAUCGGGAAGGCCUAUGCUGAGGAAUUAGCAAGCCAUGGACUCCAGGUCAUCCUGAUCGGCCAGGAAGCAGAGAAGCUGCAGGCCGUGGCCAAGCACAUAGCUGACACCUACAGGGUGGAGACACUUGUCCUGGUGGCGGACUUCAGCAGAGGCCGGGAGAUUUAUGCUCCAAUCCGAGAAGCCCUGAGAGACAGAGACAUUGGCAUCCUGGUGAAUGACAUGGGCGCCUUCUACCCUUAUCCGCAGUAUUUCAGCCAGAUUCCCGAGGACACGCUCUGGGACAUUGUGAACGUGAACAUUGCGGCCGCGAGCCAGAUGGUGCACAUAGUGCUUCCGGGGAUGGUGGAGAGAAAGAAGGGUGCCAUUGUCACUGUGUCAUCCGGCUCCUGCUGCAAGCCCACCCCACAGCUGGCUGCUUUCUCUGCGUCCAAGGCCUAUCUGGACCACUUCAGCCGAGCCCUGCAGUACGAGUAUGCCUCUAAAGGGAUCUUUGUGCAAAGUCUGAUUCCCUUCUACGUGACCAGCAGUGUGACUGCGCCUGGCAGCUUCCUGCACAGAUGCCCGUGGCUGGCGCCAUCGCCGAGAGUGUAUGCACAGCAUGCCGUGUCGACCCUGGGCAUUUCAAAAAGGACCACAGGCUACUGGUCCCAUUCUAUUCAGUUCCUUUUCGCACAGUAUAUGCCUGAGUGGCUGUGGGUGUGGGGUGCAAACCUCCUCAACCGCGCCUUACGGAAAGAGGCCUUAUCCUGCCAGGCCUGAACCGGGCAGCUCAGGAGGAGUGUGGCCGAGCCACCGACAUCUUCGGUACUCUGGCAUUUGGAAGAACACAUCACUUCACCCGUGUGUUGUCUCGUACUGAGUACCUAGCGCGUUGCCAGCCUUCAUGAGGUUGACGUUUAAGUCUGUGAGAAAACUUCAGGGACCACAUGGGUGGCCCAGGGUGCAUAGCCACGGAGCCUGAGAACAGAAUGGGACCUUCCCCAACACGUAGAGCGUGCCUGGCUUGGUUUGACUUGCUCCAGUAACAUCUUGUGUUGGUUUUUUUUCUUUUCUUUUCUUUUCUUUUCUUUUCUUUUCUUUUCUUUUCUUUUCUUCUUUUCUCUCUCUUUCUUUCUUUCCUUCCUUCCUUCCUUCCUUCCUUCCUUCCUUCCUUCCUUCCUUCCUUCCUUCCUUCCUUUUUUUCCUUUUCCUUUUUUUGAGAAAUCACCUACUUUCCUUUUAUGGGUGAUUGAUUAUAGUAUUGACUUUCAAAAUGUUCAUCACGCUGGGUGUGGUAGCUCAUGCCUUUAACUCCAGCACUUGGGAGGCUGAGACAGGUAGAUCUCUAGGAGUCUGCCUGAGCCUCAUAGUGAGGUCCAGGCCAGCCAGGAAUAUGUAGUUAAACUUCUCUUUAAAAAAGCAAAAAAAUAAAACAAAUUAGUGUUCAUCAGGAAGACAACAGAUAAGUGUUAUUUUCAAACUGAACUGUGAGUGCAGGUGGUGUUAACAGUAGACGUGUGUCACACCACAUAUCUGCAUAUGUGCGUCUGUGUGUAUACACUGCUUUUCCCUAAGGUCUCCCUGGAACCAUGUGUGUGCUGUGUGUCUGAGAGCAGAGUUAUUGAUAAGGUUUUACUAGAGACUUUGUCAGGACAAGUUAGUGGGGAGCCAUCCCCUAGUAAACGUCUGGGUUACGCCUUUCCGUGUGGUGGAACCGUUUCUGGCUCUAGUGGUGGUCUUGCCACGUCUGACACUGCUUUCUUUGAGUGGUUUUGUCUUUCUAACUCUGUAGGUGGCUUUCGUUCCUAGACUGGGACACAUAACAGGUUCUAAGUGAUGACUCCUCAGCACAUCCGUGUUCUAGCUGACCCCUUCAGAGCUUGUUAGAGCUGGUUUUCAGACGCUUUUUUAUGUAAUCCAAUUUCACCCCCAGGAGCAUUGUUGAUAAAAUCAUCACGUGUUUGUGGAAUAGUGGUUAAAAUAUGGGCAGCUUUUGUGUGUGGUACAAGGUAGUUGUUGAAGUGAUGCUAGAAGCUCAUUUUUAGCCUGUGUAAUGAAUGUGUACAUUAUAGGGAAUGCUUUUAGUAGCGUGAAGGUCCUUUAUAUAAAUCCCACAGUAUGGGUGCACACUGAAACUUAGUGUCUUUCAUUAAAACCAACAUCUUGGAAGGGUCUCAUUCCUGGCUUUGGGAACCCGGAAGUCAUAGCAGCUUGUGGAGAGUGAAGGAGGUGGCGUUUACCCUCGAGGUGCUGCUCCUGUACCUGGGACAUGAAACCGAUUGGCAGGCUGGGACUUGUGUGGAGUUGCUCUAGUGACAUCCCGUCACCUGAAGGCCCAAGUGCACAUUUCCCAGGACAUCAGAUGUGGCAUUUUCAGCUGUGACUCGGAUCUGGAAGAUCAGUGUCUUCAGUUACGUCUUUAAACCAUGUGCAGAACGCCGUGCUUGGAGACAGUGGAGGAGGAACAUCGGCGGGGACGGCUCUCUUACUGCCGAGAACCUGCGUGGAUAUGUGAUAGGCAACAGCACCUUGCAGACAACAUCGCGCAUGGUCGCCUUGGUGGGGAUGAAGGCAGGAGACUCAGGUUCAAGGCCAGCGUGGGCUAUAAUGAAACUCUGGUUCAGGAAACAAAAACAAUAGCAGAGACACACCGUACAUCUGUUCUGUAUAAAGCCCUGUGGUCCAGAAUUCAGACUUGCUGGUCAAGUGCGGAGUCAUUGUUGUGACAUCAGCGAUGUUCCCUCAGCGGGACUCAGCUAGGACUUGAUCGAGUGUGGACAGACGCAGAGCACAGUGAUCCAUCCUGCUGCAGAAGACCCGAACCUGGCACCCUUAGGCUUGCCCGCUUUCAUUGGCCGACCCUCUCUGAGUCACCCACUGUGGGCGUGGUGUUUACCAAGUAAGGGGAAGGAGGAACCUUUAUAACUCAUCCUGUGAACUGGAAUGUAACAAUAAAAGCAUCACUUUCCUUCA